AUGGAUCAAUCCGGUCCUAAGGCUAUCCUCACAUCCGACAACUUUCAAAAUGCGCACGAGAUCUCCCGGGCCACCUCGCCAGGAGGUGAGCCGAUGGCCAUAAAUGGAGACGGCGAGCCGAAGGCACGGGUCCGUCCUCGUACAUACCCAUAUUUCUCCUAUCUACCAUACACACUUGAAGACGAACCUGAGAGGGAGCGCAGCCUACAAGAGAUCCUGAAACAGCUCUAUAUAACGGUGGAGGCUGGUGACUUCAGCCCCGGUGCAGUUCACUGGACCCGAGAGCUCAGAGGAUGGUUAUCACUCAAGUUCGAUCCCACCCGCAGGGAGCGGAUCAACCUUGUGAAGCUGUACUAUGAGCUGUCACUUGCCCCGGGAAUCGAUCCCAAUGUUUCAGAGCGGUUUGCAAGCAUGUUCAUGCUUCUGACUAAGCGCAAGCAUUAUCUCAGACCGGUUAAAGAUCUAGUAUUAGACUGGAGACCAUUAUACAGAGAGUUGAAGUCAUUCGUUCUGCCGACCGAAUCGGGACUCGUCCAUUCGACUAACUUGAAGCGCAAUGUCAAGACACUGACGAAGCUCUGCGCCUUCAUUCAGCUGUAUAUCGACCCAUGUGAGCUACCGGCCAUGUUGGAAGAGUUUCUCCCCCACUACACCACGUCCUUCUCGGAAGGCGCCUUCGUCGUUGUUGGGUUGAUCAAUCUCCUCCUUCCCACCUCCCCUCCGCCUGAAGACCGAGAAGAUCUCCUACCACAUCAUUAUCUACCCACCUACUUUCACCUUUGGUCGCUCGUGAGUCGCUCCAAGACGUUCGAUAUAACCUUCCUUGAUUAUCUCUCGCGCCUUGCCCGAGAUUCGCUGCCUGCUGGCCAUAUAUCCUUCUCGGAGUAUGGAAUCUUCACCAAGGAGCAGUCGGCGCUGGUCUUCACUGCUAUCCUCCGGUUAUUGGAAAUCCCGGUCGGACAAUCAACGUCGCCCUACAGCGCUCUUGUGGAUAUCUCCUCUGGGCUGGGAAUCAUGCUGGAUCGAGACACACGGAAACAUCCUGUCGCUCAUCACAUUGCUAGAUGGAUCGUGAUGUCGCUCUCGCCUGCAUGCCUUGAUGCUGAGGAGUCGGUGCUCACUCAGCUUGAGGGUCUUAUACAAGCUGUAGAGACCUUCUUCCAUCCUUCUAACUCCGGAAGUUGGACCAAAACGUUGGCUCAGUUAGUGUACUAUCUAGCCGACUUUUUUGUCAUGCGCUGGAACCGUGAGCAAAGUGGGGAGAUGGACAUCCCAGCAGAGCGAAGACUGAACGAGCCCUUGAAACGCCGUUUCGUGCUUUGUCUGCGCGACGUUAUCUUCAUGGGCAUUUAUGCCAAGAGUGGCACGGCAAUGACCUUCUCCUUGUCUACCCUACAGAGUUUGGCCUUCUUGGAGCCUCACUUGAUCCUUCCAGGCGCUCUGCAGCGGAUAUACCCGUCUCUCCAAGGACUUGUGGAGGUUCAUCGUACGACCUCCUCGCUCCGCGCUCUUCAGAUCCUCUCGCGUAUUAUCUCGAGAACCAAAGGCUAUCGCUGCCAUAUGACCACUUUAUUGGGCCUUGCUCUGCCUGGUAUCGAUGCCAAUGAUCUCGAGAAAUCUCUGCAUGCACUGUCCUUUAUUCAAUCUGCAUGCUACAACAUACCCAUGGCCGACUUGACGAAGGACAGAGAAGAUGUAAAUUGUAACAUGCUUGCAAUGCAAUGGAUCACCGGCGAGAUGGAACGCAUGGAAGAGCAAGGCGUCGAGGUGCAGCUGAAUUACGACACCGAACUGGAUGACCAGACGGAAGAGAUGGUACUUCGUUCCUCCACAUGUGGGUUUGGGGACUUCAUUGUAUCAUUCCUGGGCCGUGUCUUCACCCUCCUAGAAAAUCUGCCGGACGUGACCAGAGUUCGGAACGGAUCCCCUGAGGAGAAUAUUGUGAACACCCUACCCGCCACGUUCAUGCCAUUGCUAUCGUCCCUCUCCCCAGAGUACUACGAUAUUGCCUUGUCGAAGGUCGUCGACUUCGUGUCGAACCAUGUUAUCCAUCAAGCCCGGGAUGCAAUGGCCUUCAUCUGUAACUCGGUGUGCAAAGUCAACCCUCAAAAGGCUUUGAAACGCUUUAUUCCGGUGUUGACGCAGGCUAUCCGUACUGAGAUCGAUGAUAAUGGCGCAGGGUCCACUAGGACAACGGGGACCGAUGUUCUCCCUCGCGACCGUGGCCUGGUGUGGAACGUCAGUAUGCUGAGCAUGUGUGUUGUUCAUGUCGGAGACGCAGUGCUCGCUCACAAGAAGGAGCUCUUCGACAUAGCUGUCUACAUGCAGCAAAAGUGUAGGGGAAUACCGACGGUCCAUAUCUCCAAUUUCAUCCACCAUCUUCUUCUCAACCUGACGGGGACAUACACUUCCGACUACUCAUUGUACGAGCCUGAUGUGGUCGCCAAGGGUGUACAGCCUGAACUGUGGGGCUACCGACAGGAUCCUUGUAAAUUGAGUGUAAAGUGGCAUGUUCCAAAGCGCGAGGAACUCGAGUUCGCCGUUGAACUUUUCCAGAAUCAGGCCCAGACUGCUCUCAAGCAGCUAACGGCACUGACUAAUGAGACUUCUAGCGUCAAACGGGAUGGAAGUGGGAAAGAAUGGUCCGACGAGGUGACCAGGAAUUUGGUCCUGCUACGACUCAUCCUUUCGGGUAUCUCUGUGCUUUUUGACCCCAAGGCAGCGUCGACAACUACUGCCAACGGACCUUCCGGAAGCUCCAAUGAUGUGGAAAUGGUAGACGCCAAAGAUACUUCGCAUGCGGUCCAGGAUGAAGAUCCCGACUCUGCUCUUGAUAGCUCCGAUGAAGCUGCUGUUCGAGAAUCCUUCUCGUAUCCGACGGGUUAUCCACUGCAGGAGACCGACCAAAUGUACACCACGAUUCAUGAGAUUCGAGAGAGGGCCGGCUGGGUUCUCCACGAAGUGCACAGAUUCCUCUCGGAUAAGCAAGAGGACGAUGUACCUUGCUUUGCUGCUCUGUACUCUGCUUACCGGUCUUGGUUCGUCGACGUUGGAAUCGAGAGGUCCGCUCAUGUCCUUGACAGAGUGACGCGUCUCCUUGCGGCCGACAUCCACCCCUACAAAAUGAGCGGUAUCCGUAAGGAUUACCCGCGCCCUUUGCUCGUACGCAGGGCCAAUGUGUACCAUCUGCAGCGCCUGAGGCACAAUGCAGCGCCCCGACGUCGGUCGAAGUUGGAUGAAAUCCUGUUACUGGACAUUGCUGAGUCGUGUGUCUCCGUUUAUACAGAGACACGGCGCAAUGCUCAGAGCGCAGGCGAGUCAGCUCUGAAGGCUGUCUGGGGUUCUCGGCUGCUUGUUAUCCCCCCACUUCUCAAGGCCCUCCAAAAGGGCAUCAGAGAAAAUGACCACGCCCGAAUCAAAGGAGCGUUAUUCUCUCUGUUGCUUGGCAGUGUCGCCAAAACCGUUGGGCGUCACUGGAAAUAUGCACCCACCUUGGUCCGGACUUUCAUAGACGCAAGCGCUGUUGACAAACCGUCUGUACAGAGAAUUUGUUCGAGUGCCGUGUACCAGAUCAUGGAUUAUGGUCGUUCCAUGGAAAGAAUGGCCAUCUUGGAUCGUGACAUUAUCGAAGCGAUCGCUCCUCAAGAAGACGUCCAAGAUCAAAUCACGCAGAAGCGGGAAGUCAUCAACAACAAGCGUGUUCUUAUCGAGAAGAAGAAGGCCGAUCUGUCGGAAGAACUUGUAAACCUUGCAAGGGUGUCUCACUGGAAGGUUGCCAGUCGUGCGGCCACGAUCGUCAUCACAAUGGGCCUUAGAUUCGAUUACAUCGCGAGCGAGAACCUCAUAGACCUGGUCACUCAUGGUUCCAUCGAUGAUCACCCCGGUCUGCGUGGUAUGUACUCCCAGGCGCUCAUCGCCUUGUUCACGAUGAUAGAUGUCCGGGCGAUUUGCAGCCACGAUUAUAAGAAUUACAUCUUGGGACAGCAACACUUUCCUUCGAAGAUCAAGGUUGCCACCAAGCGAUACGAAGAAGGAUGGACCAAAGAAUACCUUUCGAGCUUUGCAAAUCCCGAGGCGGAGUACUAUGUUGAUCAUGACUUUCCUGGCUGGCUGGUGUGGGCCGACAGUAUGCCUGCCUACAAAUCCAAUGUGGAACGUGAUAUUGAGUAUGAUGGGGUGGAAUGGAAGGUCCGCACGCAUAUGGGUAAAUUGUUCGACCGAGGAUGGUUCUCCAAGUUUUUCAUGUACUUGAAGCAAGAGCCCCGUGACCCUUCGGCAGAUAAGUUCCGCAUGCCCUGCGCCAUGAUGCUCCUUUACGCCUUCGAGUUGAUGCUUCGGGAUGGGCUCACGGCGGCUACGUUCAAAGACAUUCAGGAGGAGAUCGAGGCUGUCUUUGAGGAUGGUAGUGACAAGCACCAGCACCGAGCUACUGCUGAAAUUCUCGGCGCUUUGGUGAGCUCCGUCGCCGAUACUAGCGUGGAGAAGCGGACGAUGGUCUGGGAAUAUGCUUUCCCCAUAGUGCAAAAGAUUUUCACUGAUGGCUUAACUCCCGAGAACUCCGGUUACUGGACGACUUUCCUCCAUAUGAUUCUCCAGUGCCGGGAUCCUCGACGAGCUUGGCCUUUGGUCGACUGGCUUGCCAGCUUCCGGCUUGACAUGGGCACGAAUGCGGCAUUUAAAGAAAGCUCCAAGAUUAAUCUGCUGCAUCAGUCCAUCAUCGAUGCUGGCUGGCACUUCCAACUCGACAAGCCAAUUGUUGAAGAUUUCCUUGCCCAUCUUGAUCACCCAUACAAGGGCGUUCGCGAAGCGAUGGGGCAAACUAUCGCAACGAUAUUCCGCACCAGGUAUCACGAGUCCUAUGCUGAUCUUAAGCGCCUCCUUACAGCGCAAGAGACGGCAUCUUCGGUGGGCUCAUAUCCUUAUCUUCCAACCGAGGACUUCACGAAGAUGGUUCGUGAGGUCUUUGAUCGCAUUGAGAAAUGGCGGCAUGAGAGGACCCCCGGUCAACAAGCCCCUUCUUCCUACACAUCUGGGAGCAAGACGGUUCUCCUGUGGCUCGACUCCACUCUUUCGUCCCACGAAUGCACCCAACUGGUUCCCUUCUUCCCGGAUCUGUUUACGGGGCACCUCUUGCACAUGAUGGAUGUCAAGGAAGAUCCAGAGCUCCAGUCCCUGGCAUACCACGUCUUCCGUCAUCUGCCCAACAUCCCAUAUCCCGCCGAACAGAACUCCGGUUUCAUUAAAACACUCAUUCAUAUCGGACAGACUUCUCCCUCGUGGCAUCAACGUCUACGAGUUAUGAUCAACAUCCAGAUCAUAUACUUCCGUCGCCUAUUCUUACUCUCCAGUGGUGAUCGUGACAAGCUGUUUGAGUGUGUAGCGAGCAUGUUGGAAGACCCUCAGCAUGAAGUGAGAGUCGGAGCAUCGGCCACACUGUCCGGUAUGAUUCGUUGCUCGCCUGUGUCUCUCCGGCAAGAGAUGGUCAGCCGCCUCAAGCAACGGUUCACCAAAGUCUUGGUUGACAACCCUCUCCCGAAGAAACCCAAGGCACUCCGCUCUGGUCUAUCGACUCCGGUCUCUUCCGGAGCUGGUACCCCGACACCUGAACAUACUCGACUCAUACUAGUCCGGCACGGUGCUGUUCUGGGCCUAGGAGCGCUCAUCCAGGCGUUCCCAUACAACAGCCCGCCUCCGCAAUGGAUGCCCGAGGCGCUGACUACUCUAAGUGUUCGUGCUGCAAGUGAUCCGGGCAUUGUUGGUUCAAGUGUCAAAUCUAUCAUUAGCGAAUUCAAGAAGACACGACAGGAUACUUGGCAUAUUGAUGCGAAGGCAUUUACGUCGGAUCAGCUCGAAGACCUUUCUGGUGUCCUUUGGAAGAGCUAUUUCGCGUAA